AUGAAAAGUCCAAAAAAAUUCUCAGUGGUGGGCCAUGCCAAUAACGAUCGAAGUCUGCCGUUCUUUGACAACCACUACGGCAACGGCGUCCUUAUUGAAAACUGGCAAGAGGGCCGUAUAUAUGAUGCGUGUGGUCGCAAAUUCACGCUUGCCAUGGAUAAUUCCGUGGGGCCUAAACGUUCCACGUACACCAGCGAUUACACCAAUCCAGAAAGGACCUUGCUGCAACCCAUGAUGCGGCGCAGGGGGCUUGGCAAGGCGCUCAUGUUCGGCGAAGGAAACUCCACCGUUGUCAAAAGUGAGCCCACAAGCACUACAUACGGAGAGACACAACGCCACCUAAUAGACAGUAGAUACGGUACAAGUCACCGCGCCAAAGAUCGACUCAAUAACACCAUGGGAGGGCUAAGCAGACAAAACUUCAAAGGGACCACCAUGCCGAAAACUCUGAAACCUACUGCAGACGAAGAAAUCUACGGGAACUUCAGCAGCACCAAGGCAGCAAUGGACCUACUCAUCGAAUGCUUUCAUUUUCAACGUCAAAUGGCAUACAAUGAAAUGUCACGCUAA